AUGGCUUAUGUUCUUCAACUUUUUGUUGGAAAAGAAUUAAAUAAUAUCUUCUUAUUGUGCAAAAAGACCUUGGAUUUAAAAAUUAUUUAUCAACAAUUGGAGAUAUCUGUACAAGCAAUAACAUAUCUUCCUUCACGGCUUCAGUCAAAUGAAAAUAUAACUGUUCAAAAAGAUGCAAUUUCAACAUUAGUUAAAACUUUGAAAUCAUCUCUUCAACAAUCUUAUGUUAAAUCUGUUUUAACAGAUAUUAAUGAAUUAACAAUCCUUAAUACUAUAGAUAAUACAAAAGAUUUUGUUAAAAUUAAAGAAAUUGAUACUAAGUUAGGAAUUAUUCAUAAAAAAAUAGAUAUUUUGGUCCUAUUAGUUACAACUAGAACUUUUGAAAUAUUUAAAAAAAACCUUAAAAAUGACCAGUUUUCUAUAUUAUUAAAAAUUGCUCAAAGAUAUUUAUAUGUAUCAGCAACUUUAGUCUCAUCUGAACACUUGUUUUUAGAUGUUGGGAAUAAUAUUCAGCAAAAUACACAAACCUUGAUCCAGAAUUGGUGG